UUCAGUGAACCUUCCUCUCUUUCCUGUUUCUUUUCUGAUUCCACAAAACAGUCUAAUCCCUUUAUAUUUUUCGUUCAAUUAUCUUUUUACUACCAUUUUAUUUUUAUAUUUUCUUCCUCUGUAUCUUCCUCUCUCUCUCUAUUCAUUUUCUUCUUCUUACAAAAGAAACUUCAUUCUUCUUCCUCUUGCUUUCAUAAAAGCUUCAUCACCCAUAUAUUUUGGUUUCUAACGUUACCAUCUCAUCUUCUUCCUCUUCUUCUUCUUCUUCUUGUUCUCUGCUGAAGGAGGUUUUGACUCUUAACGUCUUAAAGGGGGGAAACAAAAAGUUUAGUCCUUUUUUCGAAGUCUAAAAACGCCAAGAAACAGAGUUACUGGGUAAUUUCCAUCAUUAGGGUUCUUCAACCUAGCUACAUUGACAGAACAAGAAGAAAAGCUUGGUGCUUUAUGCAUUUGAGUCCAACUCUGUUUCUUCAUACAUCGAUCUGAUCUCCCCAGAUCAACCCCCAAGAAAGGAACUUUCUUUAAAUGAUUCGUGAUAUCUCAAGUCUACAAAACGACAUCAUAAACAUUCAAGAACACUGUUCACUCAACAACAACAACAACGACAACAUGGACAUGAGAAGAGAUAACCGGAAGAACAUCAGUUUUCGUGGAUCAGCUCCAGCUCCGAUCAUGAGGAAGCAAGAACUGUUUCGGACAUUGUCGUCACAGAACAGUCCGAGGAGGCUAAUAUCAGCUAGUUACUUCAGUUUGGAAUCAAUGGUUUUGCUUGUUGGUCUCACUGCAUCUCUCUUGAUCUUACCCUUGAUUCUUCCCCCAUUGCCUCCUCCUCCGUUUAUGCUGCUUUUGGUUCCUAUUGGGAUUAUGGUUUUGCUUAUGGUUCUUGCUUUCAUGCCUUCUUCUAACUCCAAACAUGUAGUAGUAACUUCUUCUUCUUCUUCCACUUUUAUGUAAAACGUUUCUUUAAUUGAAGAAAUCCUUUAAAAAAAACAGAGGAAGUUUUGUCUUAUUGUCAUUUACUUUAAGGUUUCAGGGUAAGAGAUUAAUACUAUUUCAUUUGUAAAAGUUUGUUUCUUGUUGAUGCAGAAUUAUAUAUACAACUAUAUAAAUAAAGAGAAAUUUAAUUGUUUCCAUU